AUGAGCCCCCGCAAACGAGCACGUCGAGAUCCCACCGAGGCAAACACAUCGCGCCCUCUGAUCCCAUCGACAUCCUCCAGUAAACCCCCGACGGCACUCCCAACCCGCGCAAUCUCAUCUUCUCACGCUUCAGCAUCAUCGCCAGCUCUCCCGACGACUUUUGCUCCAUUCUCAGCUGCCACAGCUGCAUCGGCGUCAGCCAGCCGGCUGUCUCUGGUCCAAGAUGCUCCACAGCAGCAACAACCUCCUCCUGUAAAGCAGGUUCACAAAAGCCGAAGCUGGUACGGGUCAUGGCCUAGGGCACCGAGGUCGAAAGCCGGUGCCUCCACACAUGUGGCCCGCGAGUCGAUACUAGGCGGCACAUUGAAGCCCGACACGAUACCAAACCUCACACGGUUUGAUACCAAGAGGAGUACGGACAGUGGCAGUGAUACUCCCGGAUCUCUUUCGCAGUUACCGCCUGUCGAGGAAUCAGACACACCCACAGGUCACGGACAUCCAUCCGAUUCUGGAGCCGCUGAGCCUAAUGGCCACGCUAGCAUCAAAUCGGAUGAUGCGACAUCCGCCACCGCGACUGGCGGAGAUGGCAACCCUCCGCUUCCAGAACUUCAACGGCCUGCAGGCGUGUCUGAACUACCACAAAGGCCUGCAACCUCCUCUGGAUGGCUAGGAUGGCUUGGCCGGUCUGCCGCCCCCGCUCCGGUGCAGACCGUGGAGUCAACAUCCAUUCCGGAAUAUUCCAAGUCCCAGAAUCCGGAAGCGAAGCCUUUACUGGCGCCGAAUAGCAACAAGGAUGACUCAAAGCACCAGAAUGGUAAUCCAGGUUAUGAUGCCACAUCAACCUCGGCCUCACUACCUCCUUCAUCUUUACAACCACCUGCCGAGCCAGCUGCAACUUCUUGGUUCGGGUUCUGGCCCACCAGCCGCCCGGCUCCGCCACAAGAAGCGACCUCGGUUAAAAAUGAUAUUGUUCAGAGAAGUAAACCAUCGUCCGCGGAUCUUGUCACUGAGCCAGUCAAGGAUCGGGAAGAUGCGGCGAUGACAGAUAAUUCCGUGACAUCCCCUGAAGCGCAGCCGGCGGGGUCAACUUGGGCGUUCUGGUCAAGGGAUUCAAACACCAAGUCUACGGGGUCUGGCAAGGGUGUUGCAAAGCGGGAGCCCGGAGAGAUUGCCGUCAUGGGCGAAGGCUCAGAAGCCCACCCAGAACCUGCCAGUACAAUAGACAAUGCCCCGCCACCCACGGCAUCUGCCGUGUCCAAGGCUAAAGAGUCGCCGAAGAAGUCUAAGCGUGUUCGGCCUCAGUCGAUGGAUAUCGAUGAUCCUACUACUACUAACAGGCCCUCGACGGCCACAUCUGUCGCUACCACCAAGACAGAGUCUAGCGUCAAGGCUACGACUUCUGCCGUGGAUGGCACCGUUAAAACUUCGGCCGGGAACCUUCUAUUGCCAUCCUUUAGGUCUACCUACAGGAUGAAGGAAAACCCAUCCAUUAUUCAGCAGAUUGCGCAGUUCCUCCUCAGGACUCAUCAGAAACCCCAGGCGAACCACGCAUUUCUCACCAAGGAGCCACCGAAAAUCAAAAAGGCACUGGCUAUCGGGGUUCAUGGCCUGUUUCCAGCGACUUACCUGCGCCCCAUGAUUGGCCAACCCACCGGCACAUCCAUCCGGUUCGCAAAUCAUGCUGCUGAUAGUAUACGUCGAUGGGCUGAUAGCCACGGUUGCCAGGACUGCGAAAUCGAAAAGGUUGCGCUUGAGGGCGAGGGCAAAAUUGGAGAAAGAGUAGAGAAUCUCUGGAAGCUGCUUCUGAACUGGAUCGAGUCUAUACGAAAGGCCGAUUUCAUAUUGGUGGCAUGUCACUCUCAGGGUGUGCCAGUCAGCAUCAUGUUGGUUGCCAAACUUAUCGAGCUUGGUAUCAUCACGACGCCGCGUAUUGGUGUCUGUGCAAUGGAGAAGCAGCUGGUGUCUCACUCGGACCCUUUCCAAGCUACCAAUCUGGCAUGGUUUGGAAAUCCCGAAAGCGAGGUUUCCAAGCGUUACGAGGCCGCUCUCAAGGCUGUACUGGAGUACGGUGUGAGGGUUACUUAUAUCGGCAGCAUAGACGAUCAGUCUGCACUGCACUCUCCCGCUAAUCAUCCGCUGCUUUUCAGAGCGGUGUUUGUUGAUGCGAGGGUGCACGCUGCGGACUUUAUCGCCCACUUGGUUGGAUUCGCCCUAAAGCUCCGAAACAUGGGCAUCUCAGACCAUGGUCUCAUUCGGGAAUUGAGUGUUCCGCUGGCAGGGUCGCUCUACUCAGGAGCCGGGCAUUCCACGCUCUACGAUGAUCCGCAACUUUACGACCUUGCCGUGUCCCACGCCCUAGAAACAAGCGACGUAGGCAAGGUUCCUUGCGAGAUCGGAAAGCACGAAGGCAUCACCACCAGUAACCCUUAUCAUCUCCCUUGGAUCAUGCGUGGUCUUUUAGAGGAGGACUUUGUCAAGACGGAACUGUCAUCAGAGGUCACGGAGCUGUUGAAGCAGUUUGACAGCUGGAAGCCCGUGACCAAAGCGUUGAAGGAUGUCAAAUAUAGACUAGAGGCCGUUCGCUCAAAGCUUUGA